UGGUAUAGUGUUAUACCUUUGAUUUGAUGGUUUCGAUUCAUUUGUAUGGUAUGGGGAGUUGCUUUCAUUAAGUUAUGAGUUUGUAUCUAGACGCCGAGGUAUUGAAAGAAUAUAGUCAACCUGGUCGUACAUAUUACUCUCAGUUCGAACCUAUUUUGGUGUUCAUUCAUCCAUUCUGAAGCGCAAGGGAGAGGGCCACCGUGGGAGAUUUAAAAGCAAAUCGUGGCUCAUCUGGCUCCUUUUUUAGGGCUCAGUAUGGCAUGAGAAUAUGUAGCCAAAUCGUGGGUUCUUCCAGAAGGCAUUUCACUUACCUAGCAGCCCAUAUCUACUCAUUUCAAUUGCAAAUCUGGACGUGGGUAUUCAGCACGGGGUUCUGUUUGAACAAACAACCUUCCAGUUUGUACUUAUCUUUCCUCCGCAAGCAGCGACCUGCAUUCACCUGCUGUGUUUUUUUUAAUAUGCUGAAGGUGCCUGGUCAGUCUUGCGUGAGAUCAUUUGGAGAUUUACAUCUGCUCUUUCUUGGCACGGUUCAUGAUAACAUCUCAACUCCUUGGACGUGAACAGUGCUGGACAGUUCACUCGUAAUUUCAAGAUCAUUUAUCCCAAGUUGGAGGUCAUGAAAAAACAUGCUUCUAUGUAUUUCUGAAAGUAUCUGUUGGAAAGACCAUAGAAACAAAAAUGGUGCAGACAUUAAAGAAGAGGUCCAAAUCAUCUAAGGAGGACAUUGUCAAUGGCAGUGGAGUCAAAGAUGUAAAACUUCGAUUUAAAGAUCUGGGUACAUCUAAGGUACAAAAUUUAUGGCUCGCGCCAAACUCAAGCAAGAGAUGGGGUGAAUUGUUUUUUCUGCUGUACUCACCUUUCUGGCUUGCAUUGCUACUUGGCAUAGUCGUCCCAUAUCGCAUGUAUGAGAAAUUCAAAGAGUUGGAGUACUUUCUCCUUGGAUUGGCUACAUUAGUUCCUUCUUUGUUGUUGCCAUUUCUGUUCAUUGGAAAGGAAGACAGUUGCAAAAAUUGGUAUGAUCGCUAUUGGGCAAAGGCCCAUCUUUGGAUUAUGAUAUUUAGCUAUGUGGGGAACUACUUUUGGACACAUUACUUUUUUAAAGUUCUUGGAGCAUCAUACACUUUUCCCUCUUGGAGAAUGAAUGACAUUCCUCACACAACAUUUUUCUUGGCACAUGUAUGCUUUUUGUUCUACCAUGCUGUCUCCAAUAUUACUCUUCGGCGGCUAAGGCAUGCAAUUUCAGAAUUACCAGGCUAUAUGCAGUUUGCUAUUGAGGCUGUUUGGAUAUUCACACUCUCAUAUUUCAUAGCAUUCCUAGAGACUUAUUCCAUUGCAAAUUUUCCUUAUUACGAUUUUGAGGACCGAGCAGCAAUGUACAAAGUGGGGUCACUCUUUUAUGCAAUCUACUUCUUUGUCAGCUUUCCCAUGUUUAUAAGGUUGGAUGAGAAGGCAAGUGAUCCAUGGAGCUUGUCUAGAACAACUAUUGAUGCACUGGGAGCAGCAAUGCUUGUGACAAUCCUGUUAGAUUUGUGGCGUCUGUUUCUGGGACCCAUUGUAAACACUACGGCACAUAAAGAAUGCUUUUCCCAUGGCCUACCCUGGUUAUCGUAACCCAAGUCAAUGCUAAACAUUCCAGCACGUAAAAAUGCUUCUCCCAUGUCCUCCCUUCGAUUAUCAACCCAAGCCAAUUCAGACAUAUUAUUCAAGUACUGAAUUCAUUCUCUGCAAUUCAAACUUAUAAGAUGGAUGUGUUAUUAUAUGCUCGUAGUAACAAAUGGCCCCUUGUUUUUCAUCUUUCUAUGGAUAAAUAUUGGUUUCUUCUGAAAUUAUUAAAUUAGAAUUUGGGCUUCAUGUUUAAAGAAACACUGUUUCGGAAAAUCAAAUAUAGCAACCGUGGUGAUGCUAUUUCUGUUAA